AUGGAGAAGCGUAUUGACCUGCAGACGUUCGAGGAUGAUGUUUUUCGGACCAGGGCCAAAGGGUCAAUAUCGGAGACCAAGGGUCAGGAUUUCGAUCGCGAUAGAUAUGAGUUGGCCAGAGUAGGAAAGCAACAGGUGUUGAAGCGUCGCUUCGGUCUUGUGAGCAUGACCGGCCUCUCAUGUGGUCUGAUGUGCACUUGGGAGAGUUUGCUAGUCAUCUUCUCAAUUGGCUUCACGAAUGGCGGGCCCGCUGGUCUCAUAUACGGCUUCAUUAUCAUCUGGCUCGGCAACUUCUCGGUCUUCAUCUGCAUCGGCGAGCUGGCGAGCGCUGUCCCGACUGCAGGAGGUCAAUACCACUGGGUCUCCCUCCUUGCCCCUCGAUCCAAUAAGAAAUUCUUCAGCUACGUUACCGGUUGGCUCACGGUCAUUGGUUGGAUUGCCGCCCUGACUUCCGUGUGCUUUUUCGUUGCCGACUUGAUUCUGCAGCUAGUCAGUCUAAACGAUUUCGGCGGGGGCUUCGUACGAGAAGGGUGGCAUGGAACACUUCUCCUGUGGGCAAUAUUACUGCUUUGUGUUUUCAUCAACGUCUUUGUCAGCGGCGCACUGCCAGCGAUCGAGGUAGUGGUGUUGAUUGUUCAUGUCCUCGGCUUUUUCGGGAUUCUAGUUCCCCUGGUCUACUUGACAUCAACCCACAACUCGGCUAAGCAAAUCUUCACGACUUUUCACAACACUGGGAAUUGGAGCACUCAGGCUUUGGCCUUUUUCGUUGGCUUGCAAGGCAAUGCGUUAGCAUUCGUUGGAACGGAUUCGGUCGUUCAUAUGUCUGAAGAGGUCAGGAACGCCAGCACCGAUGUUCCGCGCUCCAUGCUCUUCAGUCUUGUCAUCAACGGCUCAUUGGCACUGGGAAUGCUUUUCGCCGUCCUCUUCAGCGCCGAAGACAUUCAAGGGCUGCUCGAUGAAGACGCGCCAACCUCACCUUUCAUUCGAAUCUUUCGUCAUGCUGUUGGCUCUGAGGCUGGUGCAACCGUCAUGGUCAGCAUCAUCAUUCUUCUAGAAUUCUGCAGUGCCAUGGGCUGUUUAGCUGCAGCCUCCCGAAUGACUUGGUCCUUCGCUCGUGAUCGAGGGCUUCCGUUCUCGCGCGCUCUCAGUAUGAUCGACAAGCGUUCUACCAUUCCAGUGGUUGCUAUCAUCGUGGUUACAGUGUUUUCAGCCCUACUUGCCCUAAUCAAUAUCGGAAACAAUGCCGCUUUCAACGGGACAAUAUCCUUGGUGUUGGAGGGCUUCUACCUUUCUUACCUUCUGGCUCUCGGUCUCUUACUUUGGAGGCGGCUACGUGGCGACUUAGACAAUCCCGACUCAUCCCUGACGAUCUUCAAUUCGGGGCACGUUGACGAAGCCUACGAUCGUAGUCUGACCUGGGGGCCAUGGCGCUUGAAAGGCGCGCUUGGCGUUGCCAACAAUGUCGUCGCAAUCUGUUACCUACUGUUGAUCAUCUUCUUCAGCUUCUGGCCGAACACAGUAAAUCCAGACCUAAUGCACAUGAACUGGGCCGGUGUGGUAACGGGGUCAGUUGCAUUGUUCAGCGUGGCCUACUAUCUCCUCUUCGCAAACAAGUCGUACACUGGACCGAUCGUCGAGGUGGACCCGCACGUUCUAUAA